CUUCAUUGCAUUGGUCUAACUUCCUUUGUUGCACCAUUCAUUCUUUCUCAACAAAUAUUAUUGUAUCUUCCCCACUUGUUUUAAAUGGACAAACAAAACGCCCUUUCUCUCUCAUUUCCUCCGGAAGAAAAGGAAUUGAAAAUUGUCAAAGGUAUCAAAGUAAUUGAUUUGGGAGGGCGGAAAAUGUCACGGUGUGGGCUGUUAAGGGCAUGCGGGGCAUCACUCAUAGCAAUAGCCCACAUUUUGUGCACCAGACUGCAACAUGUCAGAGGCCCAAUAGGGUCCAUGUCCAAUAAACUCUUCUCCUUUUCUUCUAAUUUCCCCUCCUCCAAACACCUCCACCGCCUGCCGCCGCCACCACAGCGGCGGCAAUGGCUCUCGGUCCUCCUGACAUUCGCGGACGAAUGCAUCUUAAAGUCGGAGAGGAUUGCGGAGGCGGCGUUUCCCCGAUCGGCGCGGCUGUUCGAUUCGAUCCACGGCCUCGCCCACGGCCUUCCGGCGGCCUUUGAAGACGCGCUGGACAGGUUUCCCCUUCAGGAUCUGUUCGGCGUGUCUUCGAAGAUCGGGUGGCUGAAUCUGGUUGUAUCGGCGGCGCUCAGCCAUUAUUGGGGCGGCGGGAGCAGCAGAAGUAUGAAAGAGAAGGAGAUAAGUGUGGAUGUGGGGUGGUGCAAGAAGAAGAAGAAGAAGAAGAAAUGUGAUGAUAAUGAAGAAGAUGAUGAUGAAGAAGAAGACGCCUCAUUUCCCGCUCUCCAAUGCACAAAACGCGCCAAGCAGCCACAAGGCACGGAGGAGAGCCUGCAAGAGCAGCUCACGAAGCUGAUAAUACAGAAGAAGACGUGUCAGGUGGAGGAAGAGGGACUACUACAAAGUGCACCUAUAAGGAUGUUCUCACCAAGGGGGUGGUGGUGAUAGACGAUGAGGAAGAAGAAGAACAAGGCACCGAGGAGUUAUUAGAUCAUUUUUAAAUGAAGAAAAAACGUUUUGAUCAUCCAGAAGAAGAGUGUUUUUCUGAAGAAGGAGACAACAAUAAUGGGGGAGGAGAUUUUGUUUCAGGUGAGAAAAGGGUCAAGAAUGGGGAAGGAAAAGGAAAGGGG